AUUCUGUCUUGCCAGCCAUCGACUUUCGACAGCCGGGCGCCGUCUGCCAAGUGCCCAUCUGCCAAGUGUCCGUUUGCCGUCUCUCCGCCAGCUACAGACUGCUACAUCGCUGCUCCCACUCUCUCCGCCAUGAGCAACUUCCCUACCCACGCCGUCGACUGGGUCAUCAUCUUCCGCGAAUCCCUGCCCGGUGUCGACCCGGCGCAGGCCAUCUCGGCCUGGAACAACCUCACUGCGAGGCUCCAAGCUGUUGGCCUGGUCUUCAAGACCCGCAAGCUCGACGCAGACCGUCUCUCGAUUUGGAUCCAUUGCCCAGAUGAGCUGCUUACCCGAGAGUGGCACAAGGAGUGCGUGAACGACUGGCUCAACGAUGUCGGCCUUCCGCGCGACUCUCCCAUUGCCUCGCUCCCGGACGACCAGAAGCCUUCUUCGCGCUUGGUCUUGUCACCGGCCCAGCGUCUGCGUCUCAUCCACGACUUGCUCGUCCAGCCCUACGCCGAGGGAGGUGUGGGCCUGCUCGUUGACAUGCCCAUUGCCCCAACCCCGGCUGGCGAGCGCACAGAAUCCGUCGGCGGCAAGUAUGUCGAGGCCUUGCUCACCCCUCACGAUAAGGAUUUCGACAAGCGCUGGAUCAAGACCUGGAGCCAAAAGUGGAUUCUGUCCCGCAGCGACUUGGACUCCAUCAAGGACGUUUUCGGCGAGAAUGUUGCCCUCUACUUCUCCUUCCUGCAGUUCUAUUUCUUCUCGCUGGUCCUUCCUGCGGUCGUGGGCGUGAUCGCCUGGCUGGCCAAUGAUGCAUAUUCGCCCGUGCUGGCUAUCGUCAUGAGCAUCUGGUCCGUCCUCACCAUCGAGCUCUGGAAGCGCCACGCCUCCUAUCUAUCGGUUCGCUGGGCCACCCGAAAUGCAUCCAAGACACUGCGGUCGCGCCCUGGAUUCAAGGCCGAAGCCGUGUUGGUGGACGAAGCCACAGGCGAGAAGAUGCGCUACUACUCGCCCGUCCAGCGAUGGCGCACCAUCUGCUCCGUCACGUUCCCGGCGCUCGUGGGCUCGAUCUUGGCUCUCUCGGUCAUCAUCUUUGCUGUCGUGAGCUUGGAAAUCUUCUUCAACGAAUACUACAACGGGCCCUUCAAGAUGGUGCUGGGACUCCUCCCCACAGUGGUUUACUGCGCGGCGCUUCCGCUUGUGACCGCUGAAUACAACAAGAUUGCCCGCAAGCUCACGGAGCUCGAAAACCGACCCACUGUCUCGGAUCACCAGAACUCGCUCAGCGAGAAGAUCUUCCUCUCUUCGUUCCUGCUGAUCUUUUUGUCGCUUUUGAUCAUCAGCUUCGUCUUCAUUCCGGCCGCCGACGUGCUCGGCCACUACCUCAUCCAGCUCGGCUUUAUCGGCCACUUCAACAGUUCCGCUGCGCUGGCUCCGACGGUGCUGCAGCUCCGUGUCUUCUUCUUCUUUGCCACCGGCCAGGUGGUCAACAACGCUGUUGAAGUUCUGCUGCCCAUGGCUAUGGACAAAGUGAACAAGGCCAUCGAGCGACGAAAGGACAAGCAGGUCGUCGGCAACAUGGAUGCCGAGGAAAUCGAGCUGAUCGAGCAGAUCCGUACCGAGCUUGCCAAGCCAGAACAUGACGUCUUUGCCGAGUACUCGGAGAUGUGCCUGCAGUUUGGCAUGCUCGCUGUCUUUUCUGUCGUCUGGCCACUCGGUCCGCUGAUGUGCCUCAUCAACAACUGGGUCGAGCUCCGCUCGGAUGCCCUCAAGAUCUGCCAAGCGACUCGCCGCCCGAUCCCGGUGCGUGCCGAGAAUAUGGGGCCCUGGCUCAACAACAUGCAACUCCUGGCCUGGCUUGGAUCGGUGGUCUCGCCUGCACUGGUGUUUUUGUACCGAAAUUGGGACGUCGAUGCCGUCGCCUCGACACAGUCCCUCGCCAGACUCCCGCAAGUAAUUCUGGCCGUGUUCAUCUGGGAGCAUGGCUACUUUUUGUGCCAGCACGUUGUCCGUCUGAUCCUCGCUUCGUUCGUGCCCGAGGGAGACAUCAUCAUUCGCAGAGCACAGUAUGUCGCCAAGCACGCGAUCCUCUCCAACGCCGGCAUCACCGCGAGCAUAUCCGACUCGCAGAUUCUCUCCGAGGCGGCUGCCAUCAAAGAAGCGAGCUUGGACCGCAUCUCCGGCACCGUUCACGAGGCGGUAUCGGCCAAUCAGGAGUAGAGCGCAGAUGCCUCAUGGCUAGCUGCAUGGACCGCGGCCCAGUGAGUUGUGGAUGGAUCGCAAGUAGAUUGCGAUGGUCUGUGCGUCAACGAGCCUGUGCGUCAACGAGCCUUCCGUCUCCGCUCUCACAUCCACCCCCAAUCGAGUGGAACAGCUUGCCUCCCU